CAGUCUGUUAAAGCGUUGCAGUGGUCUUUGUCUUUGUCUGUUCAUGUGCAUGGCUGCACGUCUGCAUGUGUCAUCCACAGCUCGCAGAGAUACGGCACGCCUGCUAUUGCAACUGGGUGCAGACACAAUGGCUCAGGACAACACAGGACAGAUGUGUUUGUCCUUGCUGCUAGAGAAACUCCCUUCAGUGGCACUGGUGGCAUUGGAUCAAUUGCACGUUGUGGACCAUUCCAUUCACAAGCAGUACUAUUAUUUGAAGGCGUUGGAGAGCCAAACUGAAUGUAACGGGAAUCCUGGCAGUUUGAAUUCUCUGCUGGAACUCAUUGUGAUACAUAAAUUAUUUGAUGUUGCGAGUCAUCCCGCUGUCAGAAAACUCGUCGACAUUAAAUGGAAGGCAUAUGGUCUGGCCGGCGCUUGUGUUCGACUGUUUCUGGAGUUAUUCUUCAUCAUCACGUGGUCGAUCCUCAUGAUGGGCGUUGACUGGGAGAACCGCCAUGUGUACACCUUCCCACAGAGUGCGUGGCGUGCGGUGCUGGCUACUGUGUGCGUGGGCCAGCUGGCGAUAAACGUGGUGGCCGAACUCGGGGAGUUCCGCUCUGCGUCCCGUGCCCUCCGAUGCUGGCGCGAGUGGUGGCGCAGUGAGCUGAGCCAGGACCUCCGCUUCUGCCACCCAUGCUGGCCACAGGCACGUACAAACAAGAGUGAGCUGCAGCAACAGCAAUAG